UCUUCGUUCGUUAUUGUCACCACGUUGCUCUCCGUCGGUGCGGUCCAACAGCGUAACAAGCAAUCAUGACAGAAGUCGCUCGGGUUUACGCCGUCAUUUGUGCCAUUCUAAUACUGUCGGGAUCCUGCGAAGCGAGUCGGAAACUUUUAGUAUUUCUUAUUGAUGGAUUCCGUUAUGACUAUCUGGAUAAUUUGCAUGAAUUGCCGGGAUUUAAAGAGAUAGUGGAUAAUGGCGUCAAAGUGGAUUAUAUGACUCCAGAUUUUCCUAGCCUCUCUUACCCCAACUACUACUCGCUUAUGACAGGUCGGUAUACUGGAGUGCACCAGAUGACAGGAAACUACAUGUGGGACAAAGACUCAAUGAAGGAGUUCCUCAUUGGUGUUAACCCUGACAGCCGCUUGCCUUUGUGGUGGGAUGGCGCCGAGCCCCUCUGGGUCACAAUGCAGAACCUGAAGAAAAAUGUCUAUAUGUACUAUUGGCCAGGUUGUGAAGUGGAAAUUCUUGGGGUAAGAUCCACUUUUUGUCAGGAAUAUGUCUACAAUCCCUCUGAGAAGAAUCUGACAGAUUCUAUUGAGAAUGCUCUCAAUGUGUUAAAAAAUGGCAAGGCAGACAUGGCUGCCAUUUACUAUGAGAAGAUUGAUGUAGAGGGGCAUCACUUUGGUCCUGGGUCACCUCAGAUACAAAGAGCCAUCCACUCUCUGGACAUAGCCUUUCAACUGCUGAACCGCAGAAUCAAGGAAAAAAACAUGCACGACCUGAAUAUCAUAGUGUUCUCUGACCAUGGCAUGACUGAGAUCCAAUGGAUGGAGAAAAUCAUCGAACUGGAGCUUUACAUCAACAUGUCUGACAUCAUGAAAAUGAUGGACAGGGGUCCAGUUGUCAGUCUGUGGCCCAAACAAGCCAAGUUUGAAGAGGUAUACAGAGCUCUCAGCGCGGUCGACAACAUGAAGGUAUAUAAGAAAAACGAGAUUCCAGACCGAUUCCACUACAAGAGCGGAAAGUUUGUUUCAACGCUCACCCUCGUGGCCGAGCCCGGCUGGUUCAUCACUGAGAGUAAAUCUACGUUGCCUUUCUGGAAUAACGGCACAGAGGGGGCAGGAUGGCAGCACGGAUGGCACGGCUAUGACAAUGAGUUUGUGGACAUGAGGGGCUUCUUUUUGGCACAGGGACCAGCCUUCAAGAAAAACCUGCGUGCAGGACCUAUACGAGCUGUGGAUGUGUACAAUGUGAUGUGCAAAACUUUGGGGAUUGAGCCUCUACCCAACAAUGGUUCAUGGUCCAGAGUGGAGUUUAUGUUAAGCGGAUCUGGCAACCCGAUUCGGCCCAGUCUUCUAAGUGGCCUUUUAUUGGUACUACUGGUACUGCUGCAAUCUCUUUAUUACUAAGACAUUCCUGCACCAACACUGGUGAAGAAAUAACUCAGACUGAGAACAGCUCAAUGGCAGAAACCCUUGGAGAGAACAACAUCACAUCUGCUACCCAGCCAAAGACAUUUUUUGAAAAAAUGUAUAUUUUAGUGUGUGUCAGGGGAUGAACGUAUCAAAUCUACAUUUUCUUUAUCCCUCACUUUUUUUAUGGCACAUGUAUUUUCCAAUCUCCGCUUUUGUCCAUAAAUACAAUUUGCAGCAGUGCAGCUCUGUUAUU